AUGGAGUCAAGCACAAAGGUUGCCACACCCUAUCACCCUCAAACCAGUGGGCAAGUUGAAGUCUCCAACAGACAGAUUAAGGCCAUAUUGGAGAAGACUGUGAGCUUCACUAGGAAAGGAUUGGAUUGCCACUUACCUGUGGAGGUCGAAUACAAGGCUUUAUGGGCAGUAAAGAUGCUGAACUUUGACAUAAAGGCAGCACAAGAAAGGAGGGUAAUGAACUUGUUUGAGUUGGAGGAAAUCAGAAUGAAUGCCUAUGAGAACUCCAUGAUUUACAAGAUGAGAACCAAGGCAGCCCACGACAAACUGAUUCGCCUUAAAGACUUCAAGGUUGGGGACAGUGUGCUCUUGUUUAACUCCAAGUUGAGGUUGUUUCCCGGGAAGUUGAGGUCAAAGUGGUCGGGGCCAUUCAAGAUACAUGAAGUUCUACCUACGGAUCACUCACUCUGCUCAACCAAGAGGGGAAAGAAUUCACAGUGA